AUGGCUCCAGCAUCUACCGCCACCACCCUGCCAAUGAAGAAGCGACGCAAGAUACAUAGCAUGAAGCCACCACAGCUCCAGAACCUCCACUCAAAUCCGUCCCACUCAACAGAUUGCUCCACCCAUGCUUUGAUGAUCAAGAACGACGACGCACAAGCAGGUACUUUCAGGGACCAUUGUCAAGGUGGGCUUGGAUUCCACAACAAAAGAAUUGAGGUACCAAGUCAAAGUCAGUGUGAAAAAGAGAGUAGACUAGUACAAGAAUACGUGUGCCUUGUUGCCAGUGAGGAUGCUCUCUUUGCUCCUCGAUCUCCCGUUUGGGUCACUCUGAAUGAUAGUGAUAACAACAGCAACCAAUAUAACAAGGCUCUUAUCCUGGAGCAUUCCUUUGACGGCGUGUCCGGGGUCCUAUAUACCGUUUUGGUCGCCAAUGACGGAACCACACACAACAAUAUUCUGCCUCAUCAAUUGGUGUUGCGGCGUGCCGGCAAUCAUCAUCAAAGCUCCUGGGACAGGGAGCAAUCUGCCACCACUGUUCUAACACGAGGACAAAAUCUUGGGACUUGUUCCUGCCAGCCGGCAGUGCUCCUCAAGGAAGAGGAUGCCGCUAGCGCCGUCGCAAUCAAACCAGAACAAGAGCAAGAUCUUGGCAGCGUAGAGAACAAUUUUUUUUCAACUCUACCCUCGUCAGUCGCAGAGAAUGAGUGCUCAGGCGUCUGUAUCCAGCCCAACAAGAUGGAACAUGACCAAACUGAAGACUCUGACGGUUUGGCAAACGAUCUGCCAUCGUCCUACAGCCCAACGUUAAAAGCAGUGGAAGAGUGCGCAGUAGAUCAACAACCAACGACUACUACUCACGAUCCUCACGGUAUUACCACAAAAGAAGGUUCAUUGUCUAAUCCAUUCCAAGGCAAUGAAGAUUCCGGAUGCUGCGAAGCCAGUGGUCGACCUUUUCAGCCCAGCCCAGGCAAACGUCAUUCAAAGACUCCAAAGGCCAAUGAUGAUGAGUUGGACGAUGGUACCCUGAGCGAAGGAGAAAUUGAAGAAACCAACGACAACGACAGUCAUCCACAACUUGGCGGUCGCUGGAUUCCACCAGCCGUCAGUGACACUGAUAUUGGCGAAUCUUCCACCACCGUUGACCCCAGCAAGAUCAACCCAAAAGACAAGACGACAAGUAGAAAGGAAGUUUUUAACCUUCAACCCAAUCCAUUUUCUCUCAUUGUUCGAUGUAGUCGCUACAGUUUCUUGGAUACAUUGGACCUGUUGAUACCACAGUUGCAACGGGACGAAGUCUAUCCGCGAUUCUGUAUGCACUACCAUUUAUGUGGCCAAUGCUACGAGCACUGCCCCAAGGCCAUUAGCCACAAGCCCUUGACUCAAACACAGGCUCUGCAAGUGGAAGCGUCGCUUUUACCAGCCAUUAGCCCUCGUGGUCCUAUCAAAUGCCGGCAAUCUUGCAACAACAACAACAGUCAGACGAAUACCAGCAACAGUGGUCAUCAACGCAUCCAACCUGCACAGAAUCGUCAACCCAAUCCCUUCCGGAAACUCCAGCGUUCUAGCACUCAUUCUCUCUUUGGGGCUAUCAAAUACGUCUCGUGGCUCAUGAAGAAUGAUAACCUAACUGAAAACUUUCCAAAGGGUGCGUGCUUCCGAUAUCACUGUGUCGGAUGCUGCCCACGCGGUGAAGAGUGUUUGCAUGCUCGGACGCAUCGCGACUUGACCCCAGAGGAGGCCCAAAAUAUGGAGACGGUGUUACUAUCGGUUGCGAAUUCCAAUGGGUUGAUCAAGGGACCGAUCGUAGCCGCGGCUAUUCAAGGGAAAACAAUUCCACAUGCUGUAAGCAGGGGUCCAUGCAACAACCAUAACAUCAAUAUGACACCCCGACCCAAGCGGCGUCGCUGGGAUGUCAAUCCCAAUGACGAUAGCUACAAUGUGUUCAACAACUACGCAAGAAGUCAAAGCGGGUGA